AUGAUGGCGCGCGUCACGGACAACGGAGCUGUCUCAGAGGCAUUCGCAGUGACCAACGGAGUGAGGCAGGGCUGCGUCCUCGUGCCCACCCUCUUCAGUUUUAUGUUCUCUGUCAUGCUGAUAGACGCCUACCUUGACGAACGUCCCGCAAUCCGCAUCGUCUACAGGACGGACGGUCAACUUCUCAAUCACCGAUGGAUGCACUUUAAGUCGCGUGUAUCCACAACAACUCUUCAUGAAUUUCUGUUCGCCGACGACCGAACUCUCAACGCCACCUCCGAAGAGGACAUGCAAAGGAGCAUGGACCUUUUGGCUGCUGCCUGCGACAACUUCGGUCUGGUCAUCAACACGGAGAAUACAGUGGUCAUGCAUCCACCGCCACCGGACGCUGCCUAUGUCGCACUCCGAGUUAACGUAAACGGCGCCCAAAGGCAAGUAGUGGAUAACUUCACCUACCCGAGCACCACUAAGAUCGACGAUGAAGUGGCCCGCCGGAUCCCUAAAGCCAACCAAGCGUUCGGCCAUCUGCAGUGCACAGUCUGGAAUCGCCAAGGUCUUCGCCUCAAAACCAAUCUCGAUUUGCACAAGGCUGUUAUCCUACGAACGCUGCUGUAUGGAUCAGAGACUUGGACGGUGUACAAGAAGCAGGCACCCGACUGA